CUCCCACGCAGGCGUAUCCGGUUAUGUACUCCGGCCCGACGCCCUUCCCUGCUGCUGCACCUGCCCCUGGAUCGGGGUCCUACACCACGCUCGGGCCCUUUGCUGCUGCCCCGUAUGCGACUCCUGGAUCGGCAAACUACCCCACGCCGGCGCCCUUUCCUGCUGCUCCAACACUGCUGCCGGGGCCCUCUAGCUGGGAUCAGCAGGCCUUGUUUCACCAGGCCUACAGCAACGUCGCGACCCAACACCCCAACAGCGCCACCGACUGGAUAAUGGAUUCAGGCGCCUCUUCACACGUCACAGGUCAGCAAGGAUCUCGCCAGCAGGACGGUUCUCAUGCGCUCCAAUAGCCCAGGUCCACUCUACCCCUUCCAUGGUGAUUCGGAGCACACCACGAUGGCUCUCUCCGUUGCGGUCGACGGCGAUACCUGGCACAAACGGCUUGGUCACCCCGGCCACGCUACUCUCUCACGUCUUUCUCGUGAUUUUAUUCAACUUUGUAAUAAACCGGC